AUGAGCGCGGGGCCCGAGUGUGAACCCCCCGGGAAAAGGGCUCGCGUGGGCCCCUGCUUCCCCGCCGGCGCUUCCGGGGGGAGGCCGGCGCCUUCCUCCUCCGAGAAGGUGGUCCCGCCGCCCCCGCCGCCUCCCCGCCGCCGGGAGGAAGGGCCCGGACCCGGCAGCCCCGCAGCCACCGUGGGGAACAAAGUUUACAAACAAAAGAGGAUUACCUCUUGGAUGGAGAACAGAGGACCCAGAACUAUAGACUCUGAAAGGUAAAACAAAACAAGCAACAUGGAAGCCGAGCCCAAAAUGGCCUUUGUUAAAAAAGACCGUGUUUUCGACCGUGAUGCCAAAAAGGCCGAGGGUCUCUUCGAGCAGGGGUGUUCAGAUUUAUCCGCAGAAAUGAGCACCAAGCAGGGUUUUUUUCCUCCAGCUGAGGGCCCCUGUAGGGAUAAGCUGUCCGAAGCCGAGGCUCUGAAACCAAGCGAGCCCUUGACAAACGUGAACAUUCACCAGAUGUACAAAACUGGCGCUCAGCUUUAUCGAGACGGUCAUGAAAUCCGGGAGAACUGCGCCACCCGGAAGCUUUCUCCGGGCAGCCCCACCAAGACGCCCAAUCUGAAACAGGCUUCCAAAGACUGGGAUCCCGCAAGGGAGGCAACUCCGCAGAGCCCGCAGCUGUCGAUGAAAAAUUGCGGCCCUGAGGAUCCAGUGGGCGACAACGCCGAGCCCGAGGAGGCCGACGUGAUCCCGGAGAGUCCGCUUUCCGACGGAGGUGGUCUGGCCCCUUCGUCCGACCUUUAUGGCUUUCGGGACCGAGAUCGGGGAUGCUUAGGGGAGUCGCCCUCAUUUGAGAAGGAGAGCGAGCCCGAAUCCCCCAUGGACGUGGACAACUCCAGAAACAGUUGCCAGAUGUCGGAGGCCGACGAGGAGAUCAGCCCUCUUCUUGAGGACCACGGCAAUGUCGAUGUGCCGGAAGGACCAGACAACUCUGCCCGGUUCCGCAGGGCAGAGACUGACCUGGAUUCCAGAAAGAGACAGUGUGCACCCCAGAAAAGCGAAGGGGACCGAUUUGGCCUCAACGCCGAAGCCGUGGACAAUCCCGCGAAAGAUCCCGAGAUGCUCACGGACGUAUCAGGAACUUCGCCUCACCUGGCAUCGGAGGGCAGAAGCGCCAAGCACGGGGGAAGGAAGGAUUCUAAAAUUACCGCCCAUUUCCCACGGGUCCAUAGAGGGGAUGAGAAAAGGAGUGAACACCGCCCGGGAAGGAAAUAUUGUAAAUACAGCCCUCCCUCGCUCCCAUCUAACAAAAAGUGGUUUGGGACGCCGAUUGAAGAGAUGCGAAGAUUGCCGGUCUGUGGUCUUCAUCUUCCUCACUUGAGACCUUCUGCCAAACAUACGGUUACAAUCAGAGUAGAUCUUCUGAAGGAAGGAGAAGUGCCUAAGCCUUUCCCGACCCAUUAUAAGGAUUUGUGGGACAAUAAGCAUGUGAAAAUGCCUUGUUCGGAACAGAAUUUAUAUCCCGUAGAAGACGAGAACGGUGACAGGACUGCUGGAAGCCGGUGGGACUUAAUACAGACUUCACUCCUCAAGAAAUUCACCUGUUCCCGAGAUCUGAAGGAAGCUGUCCUCAAGUAUAAUAUUUCCUAUGCCAAGAAAUGGGACUUCACGGCCCUGGCUGAAUUCUGCGAUAAGGUGCUGGAAGACGCAGAAGCUCAGCAUCUCUUUCAGUCCAUUUUGCCCGACAUGGUGAAACUGGCGCUCUCUCUGCCAAGCAUUUGCACCCAGCCAAUACCUCUUCUGAAGCAAAAAAUGAACCACUCCAUCACCAUGUCACAGGAGCAGACGGCCAGUUUGCUAGCCAAUGCCUUCUUCUGCACUUUUCCUCGGCGCAACGCAAAGAUGAAAUCGGAAUAUUCAAGCUUUCCAGACAUUAACUUCAACAGAUUGUUUGAGGGGCGGUCUCCGAGAAAGCCUGAGAAACUCAAAACCCUUUUCUGCUACUUCCGAAGAGUCACGGAAAAAA